CUUUUUUGAGUCAUUUUUAAUUAUCUACACACUAAGAUCAGCUCGGCAUUUUGCCCGUCAUUUUACUGAGUUCUCAACAGCAGAUUUAACUCGGUACGCUCGGUUAUCCCUUUUGCUGAAUACUCUGUAAAUGAGUUAAAGAAGUCUGCAGAUAAACUGUCAAAAAUGGCAUUAAGCGGUAAAUAUCGUUACUGGUGAGCGGUUAAUAUUGAUUACCGAGUGUACCGAGUUAAAUCUGAUGUUGAGAACUCAGUAAAAAGAUGGACAAAAUACUGAAGACUCAGAGAAAACAUGACUGAGCUGGGAACUCAGAAUCUUAGUGUGUAAUACUUAUGACACACAUAUCGUCGGUUUCCUGCAAUAGGGGCACAACUCAAAAUUUGUCAUUUUUGAGAUUUUGAUGCCAAAUGAUGAAAAACCAUGCAAACUUUCAUCUGACAAAGACCCGUUCCGAAAUUCGAUGAGAAACGCGAGAUUUUUGCAUUUUCACCAAUUUUCCGCAAUAAAGGCACAACUCAAAAUCAGUCAACUCUUCAAUAGUCGAUGAAAAAUAGUAAUCUAAAAUUCAUAAAAGAGAUAGUCCUUCAGUCUCUUUACAUGAUACAACAAUCAAUAUUCGUAUGCUUUUGUCUAAUAAUGAGAGAAAUAAGUAAGCUUGUAGGAUUUGCUUCAAGAUUGCCAAUUUUCAAACGCUCAUUCUGAAAAUUCACAUUUUUUGAGUUGUGCCCCUAUUGCAGGAAACCGACGAUAUGGAUACAAGAAUCACUGUACAAUUGCGCUUGAAAUGAGUGCCAUACUGAAAAUUCUCUCAGUUCAAGUCAGUCUUGUUAGAAUUUUCUUGACACUGCGUACCGUUGUACAGGAAUCACACUCGUAUCACAUGUCUGUCCGGGGUAUAAUAUUUCUACUCAGGAUAGGAUUGUAAAUAGGAGAUUUACAAUGAAUAGUUAGUUUAUUAUCUUAUUGUGUAUCCCAGCUUAAUCACUCAAAUGCUGACGAUCUCAACCAGCCGUCGUUAAAUAAUAGCGAAAAGAUUGUGCCCGUUUGAUUUGUAUACGGCGGCUGAUUACACCGUUCAACACUAAAUUUUGUUAUGGGAUGAGAAAAAAAAAUAACGGGGGUUUGGAACCCUAGAAGUGUCAUAGUAAAAAAUUUUUUUUUUUAAUAUUGGAUCGGGCCUUCACAGUUCAAACCCGAAGUUUGUAUGGAGAACUUGGGGUGUUCAAUUGAUAUGUGCAUUACAACGCGCUGUGCAUAUACUUAGGCGUUAGACAAUAUCGACACUAAUGUCAUUUAUCUUUAUUAUCCAGUUCCAACCUGGGUUGGAACUGGAUCAGAUCACAGUUUCAACCCCAACCCGACUUCGGUUUCGCUUGUACUAAAGUUUGUUUGACGUUGUUUGUUUACACAUUUUCCGCCAAUCCAGUUCCAACCCAGGUUAAAAAAACGGUAUAACUCAAAUACCGAAAACGCCUAAAAAUAUGCACGGCACGUUCUAAUGCACAUAUCAAUAGGACAGAUCGAUGAAGUACUAGAUUUGUAGUAAUGAGCUGAAUUUUUGUAUGGUGAGAAGGUCAAUUCUCCGUUUCUGCAAUGAAAUGGCGCAAAAAGUGUGGGUAUUAUGAUUCCUUGCCUAAUUUUAUGUAGUUUGAGCAAAACUUUUGGCAACAGUGUUGUUGUUUUCUCCAUUUCUUGCAACAUAAACAACAUAGUUAUCCAAAGUUUUUCUCAAACAGCAUCAAAUUAGACAAGGAAUCAUAACGCCCCCGCUUUUUGCACCAUUUAAUUGCAGAAACGGAGAAUUGACCUUCUUACCAUACAACAAUUCAGCUCAUUACUACAAAUCUAGUAUCACACCGAACGUGCCCCAUUGAACACCCCAAGUUCUCCAUACAAACUUCGGUUUUAAACUGUGAAGACCCGGUCCAAUAUUUUUCAAAAAUUCUUUCACUAUUACACUUCGAGGGUCCCAAACCCCUGUUAUUUUUUUUUCUCAUCGCAUAACACUAAAUUUUGAAAAAUUUUGUCGAGCAGUGUUAUCCAUGACAGCUCCCACCCGGCGCGGCGGCUGCAAAAAUAGUUUUGGCCAAGGUGCACACCGUGUGUAAAAGGCCAGCUACAAUGGGGAGCGACCUGGGACGGGACGUGACAGCUCAUUGGUACAAGCCCUCUUAUUCUUUUUGUUACUGUUCAUACGGGGUUGCUCUAGUGUUGCCAACACUUUUCAUAUGCAAAUCAAUCAAAACUUGUUGGCUAGUUUUAUUUAGCAUUCUACUUCAAAGAAUGAGUUUGAAAACAAUCUUAUCUUCCUCGUUUGGAUCUCACACACAGACUUCCAUCCCUUGCCGGCAAACCUUCGGAUUCUUCGAAAAUUAGUAAAAAUGAAGCCCAGAAUGAUACACAUCACUGCUCCCAUAAUGUAUCGUUUUGCAUUUCAUUUCACCAUGUCAAGUUCCGGAUAAAAACGGCACAGAAAGUGAGGAAAACGAUUAAUGAUGUUAGUUAUUAAUUAUCAAUCAUACGAGGUUUAAAAAAUCCGUGACUACUAGCAACACGGCUAACUCAACAACAGAGUGCCCUCUUGUAAACGAACGUAACGCGCCGCCACGCUGCUUUUUUCAAAUCGACCAAUCAGAAGUGGUCUUUUUUGACAGGCAAAUGGUUUCGUAUUUGCACUAGCACCUGACGGGUCCCGUCCCAGGGAGCGACGUGCAGCGGCGCGGCAGCGCGCCAGAUGCGGCAAAAGUACUAAAAUGUGCUAAACGGAUGCCGUUGCCGCGUGCCGCUUUGCUGGCUACAAUGCGAAGCGGCAUUAACAGGUUUAUGUGAGGAAUGUUUACGCAUAGAAGUGAUUUGUUGUAAAAAGGAUGAGAUAUCAUUACCGGGAUCAUUCCAUCAGGAGGAACUUGGAACUGGAAAUAUUCUUCUAGGAAGUCUAAAAGGGAUUCUUCGUGAAUACCAGGGCAUCUUUCGGGAUAUAAACCGAUGAAAUUAUAUAGGGGAGCUACAGAAGGAAUUUUCGAAGAAAUGCCUAUGGGAAUCUUUGGAUGAAUGUUUAAAGGAUUGUUUCGCAUCAUUUGAAGCAAUGAAUUCCUCAUGAAAUCAUGCGCGUAACUACAGCGCAUUUGGCCCCUCAGCUUCAAUGUCGUGUACGCUUGUUAUGAACUACAGCCAGCGUGCUUGACAUUGGAACUGAGGGGCCAAAUGAGCUGUAGUUACGUGCAUGCAUGAAAUUCUCCAAGAAAUUCCUGGGGUCUUCUGGCGGAAUUGCAGAGGGAAUGUACGGAAAAUAUCCUGGAGAAAUUCCUCGGAUAAUUUAUUUUAUUUGUCUCUAUUCCUCUUCGGAGAGAGUGUGCGUUAGAUGCGUCGCGGGUUGAGUCGGUUCCGAAUAUUUUUUGCUUCCCAUUGCGCUGCAGUGUGAACGAGAAAGAAUAAAAUCGAUGUGGUCAAAAUCAGUGUGCGGUGGAUGCGUCGCGGGUCGAGUCGGUUCCGGAUUUUUCGCUUCCCAUCGCGCUGCAGUGUGAACGAGAAAGAAUAAAAUCGAUGUGGUCAAAUUCAGUGUGCGGUGGAUGCGUCGCGGGUCGAGUCGGUUCCGGAUUUUUCGCUUCCCAUCACGCUGCAGUUUGAACGAGAAAGAAUAAAAUCGAUGUGUGAACGAGAAAGAAUAAAAUCGAUGCGGUCGAAUUCAGUGUGCGUUGGAUGCGUCGCGGGUUGAGUCGGUUCCGAAUAUUUUUGCUUCCCAUCGCGCUGCAGUGUGAACGAGAAAGAAUAAAAUCGAUGCGGUCGAAUUCAGUGUGCGGUGGAUGCGUCGUGGAUUGAGUCAAUCCCGAAUUUUUCGCUUCCCGUCGGCGCUAGUUCCCAAUACACUUUAAGUUCAUAAUGAAUAUUUUCUUUAAUUUUUUUUUCAUUCACACAAAAGAGUGAAAAGUGUUAGUUCGGGCUCGCCGGUCGAGAAAAAAUCUGGGCGCCGACAAGUGAGUCGCGUUCAGUGUAUUUCUGUGUGGAAUAGAGUAAAGGUUUCUGCUCCCUAGUGGAGUGGAGACGCGCGAUAGAAUUUUCUUUUUGGUUAGUUUAGCGUCGAAAAGUGGUCGGUUGUUAACGGCGGUUUGUGUAAAUUGAUCCAUUGUAAAAUCAUAUCACCAACCAUAGGUGACUCCCGGACUGACAAUGUACCUUACCCUACUAACAAAAAAAUCCUUCCUGAGACAAACGUGGAGAUGCAGCGAUUCGCGGUCUUGUGUAGUGUCGUGUCGUGUAGUAACGUGUCGAUAUAUGUCCAAGGAUUCCCCUCUGUAAUUCCUCAAAGGAUUCCUCCAGAAAUUCCUCCAGGAAAUCCUCAAGGUAUUUCCAGGAAAUCCUCAAGACAUUCCAUCAGAGAUUCCUCCAGGAUUCCAUCUAUAGAGUGUCUCCAGGAACUCUUGCAGGGAUUCUUCUAGGGCAUAGAAACAUUCAGGCGCGCGACCCCCUUUGGCCAACAGACGUACCUUUCGUGACCCACCAUAGAAAUUCUCUCAUUUGAUGUCUGUUACAGUAAAAUAUUCGACUGUCCCUCGCGACCCCCUGGAUGAAGGCCGGCGACCCCCUGUGGGGUCGUGACCCACAGUUUGGGAAACCAUGCUCUAAAGAAUUUCGAAUCCAUAGUUUCGUCCAGGAAUUUUCCCAAAAAUUCAUCCAGAAAUUCGUCCAGAAAUUCUUCCUGGAGUUUCUCCGGUAAUUUCUCCAUGAAUUGCAUCAGGGAUUUUCCAAGAAUUUCUCCAGACAAUCUCCAGGAAUUCCAGGAAUUCCUCUAGAGAUUUCACAGAAAUUUCUAUAAGGAUUCCUUCAGAGACUCGUCGAGAAAUUCCUCCCGGAAUUUUUCUAGGGAUAUGUAUAGUAGAUAUUCAUCUAGGAAUUCUUUCAGGGAUUCUUCCAAGAAUUCCUCCGGGGAUUUCUUCAGAAAUUCCUUCAAGAAUUUACCAAUGAAUUUGUUUAGAAAUUUCUCAAGUUAUUUCUCCAGGAAUUCCACCAGCUAUUCAUCAAGGGUUUCCUCCAGCAAUUUCUCCAGACAACCUCCAUGGUUCCUCUAGGAUUUCUGGAUUCCUUAUAACAUCCAUAGAGAAAUUCCUGUAGGAAUCCCUAGAGAAAUUUCUGGAGCAAUCCCUAGAAAAGUUUAAAAGGGAUCCUCCAGAGAUACCUCUAGAAAUUCCACCAGGGAUUCCUCCUGGCAUUCUAGAGAUUUCCCAAUUUUUUUUCCAGGGAUUCCCACAUAGAUUCGUCCAGAAAUUCCUACAGGAAUUCAUCUAAAAAUGCGUCCAGGAAUUCCUCCGGAAAUUCGUCCAGCGAUUCCUUCAGAGAUAACUGCAGGAAUUUCUUUAAAGAUUUUCCAAAAAAAAAAUCUAGGGGUUCUUUCAGAGAUGCGUCUAUAAAUUCCUCCAAAACAUACUCUGGAAAUUUCUGGAAUUCCUCCAGAAAUUCAUCCAGAGAUUCCUCCGGGAAAUCCUGAGGAAAUUUCCAAGAAAUUCCAUCAGGAAUUGAUCCAGCAAUUCCUCCUGAUAUUUCUCUUGAAAUUUCUCCAGAAAUUUAUCCUGGAAAUUCUCAGGGAGUUUCACCAGAGAUUCCUGCAGAAAUUCCACCAGAGAUUCCUCCAGGGAUUCCUUCAGGGAUUCCUCCAGGAAUUCCUCGAGAGAUUUACAUGGAUUUCCUUUAAGAUUCAUACAGUAAUUCCUCCAGGAACAUGUCCAGGAAUUCCUCAAAAUAUUACGUCAGGAAUACCACUAGGGAUUUCACCAGAAAUUCCUCUAAGAAUCCCCCCAUGUAUUCCUCCAAGAAUUUUUCCAGAUAUUCCACCAGGAAUUCCUCAAGAGAUAAGUGUAGGACUUUCUCUGAAGAUUUCCCAAAAAAAUUUCUAUGGAUUUUUUCAGAGAUAGGACCAUAAAUUCCUCCAGGAAUUCUUCCAGGGAUAUUUCUAAGAAGUCCCCCAGGAAUUCGUCAAUGGAAUUUUCCAGAAAUUUCUCCUAAAAUUCCAUUGGGAUAUCCUACUGAUAUUUCCCUGAAAUUCCUCCAGAAAUUCCUACAUGGACACCUUCAGGAAAUUCUCAAAGAAUUUCUCCAUGAAAUCCUCCGGAAAUGCCACCUGGGGUUCCUCCAGGAAUUCAUCUAGAGAUCUCCCAGAAAUUGUUCGAAGGAUUCCUCCAGAGAUUCGUCCAGGAAUUCUUCGAGAAAUUCCUCCAGAUACCUCCAGCGAGAAAUCCACGGAUACCUCCAGGGAUUCCUCCUGGAAUUUCUCCAGGAAUUCCUCCUGGGACUCUUCCAGGGAUUCGUCCAGGAUUUCCUUCAGGGAUUUUUCCAAAAAUAUAUCCAGCGAUUUCUCCAGACAACAUUCAGGGAUUUCUCUAGGCAUUCCACUAGAGAUUCCCAGAAAUUACUAUUAGGAUUUCUGCAAAGAUUCGUCCAGAAAUUCCGGAUAUGUAUUACAGAUAAUAAUCCCUCCAUGGAUUCCACAAAGAAUUUCUUCAAAAAAUUCCCCAGGAAUUCCUUCGGGAAUAUCUCAAAAAUUUCUCCAGACAACCUCAAGGGAUUCGUCCACGGAUUCCUCCAGGAAUUCAUCCCGGAAUUCCGGAAGGUUGAUUCAGGAAUUCCUCCAAGGAUUUCUCAUGGAACUCCUGGAAAUAUCCUGGAUUUCUCCGAGAAUUUCUCCAGCGAUGGAGAAAACUCUGGAAGAAUACCAGCAGGAAUUCCUAAAAGAAUUCCUGGAUGAAUCCCAAGAGAAUUUCAUGGAUGAAUCCCUAAAGAAGUUCCUGCUGAAAUUCCUAAAGAAAUUCCUGGAGAAAUCCCUAGAGAAAUUCCUGGAAGAAUUCCUAGAGAACUUCCUGGAGAUAUCCUUGGAGAAAUUACUGGAGGAAUCCCUUGAGGAAUUCCUAGAAGAACCCCUUGGGAAUUCCUAAAGGAACUCCUGGAAGAAACUCUAGAGGAAUACCUGAAGAAUUUUCCAGAGAUAUUUCUAAAGGAAUCUCUAGAGGAAUUCCUGGAACAAUCGCAAGAGGAAUUCCAGGAAGAAUCCCUUGAGGAAUUCCUGGAGGAAUCCCUAGAAGAAUUCCUGGAGGUAUCCCUAGAGAAAUUCCUGGAGAAAUCCCUAGAGAAAUUCCUAGAAAAAUCCUUGGAGAAAUUACUGGACGAAUCCCUUGAGGAGUUUUUGGAAGAAUCCCUUGGGGAAUUCCUAGAGAAAUUCCUUUAAGAAUUUCUAGGUGAAUUCCAGGUGGAAUCCCCAGAGGAAUUCUUAGAGGAAUCCCUAGAGGAAUUCCAGAGAAUUUUUCCAGAGAAAUUUCUGGAGGAAUCUCUAGAGGAAUUCUUGGAAGAAUCCCUAGAAGAAUUCCAGGAAGAAUCCCUUGAGGAAUUCCUGGAGGGAUCCCUAGAAGAAUUCCUGAAGUAAUCCCAAGAGAAAUACUCGGAGGAACCCUAAAAAAAAUCCUGGAGCAAUCCCUAGAGAAAUUCCUGGGGAAGACUUUGGAAAAAUAACUGGAAGAUUACUUACGAGGAAUUCCUGGAAGAAUCCCUUGGGGAAUUCCUAGAGAAAUUCUCUGAAGAAUCUCUAGGUGAAUUCCAGGAGGAAUUCCUAGAGCAAUCCCUAGAGGAAUUCCAGGUGAAUUUUCCAGAGAAAAUUUCUGGAGGAAUCUCUAGAGGAAUUCCUGGAAGAAUCCCUAAAGAAAUUCCAGGAAGAAUCCCUUGAGGAAUUCCUGGAGGAAUCCCAAGAAGAAUUCCUGGAUGAAUCCCUAGAAGAAUUAAUGGACGAAUCCCUAGAGAAAUUUCUGGAUGAGUCUCUAGAUGAAUUCCUGGAGGAAUCCCCAGAGAAAUUCCUGGAGGAAUCCCAAGAGAAAUUCCUGGAGGAAUCCCAAGAGAAAUGCCUGGAGGAAUCUCAAGAGAAAUUCCUGGAAGAAUCCCAAGAGAAAUUCCUGAAGGAAUUCUUGGAAGAAUCCCUAGAGGAAUUCCUGGAAUAAUUUCUAGAGGAAUUCCUAGAGAACUUCCUGGAGAAAUCCUAGAGAAAUUACUGGGGAAUCCCUUGAGGAAUUCCUGAAAGAAUCCCUUGGGGAAUUCCCAGAGGAAGACCUGGAAGAACCUCUAGAUGAAUUCCUGGAUGAAUCACCCGAGGAAUUCCUGGAGGAAUCACCAGAGAAAUUCCUAGAGGAAUUCCUGAAGAAUUUUCCAGAGAAACUUUUGGAGGAAUCUCCAGAGGAAUUCCUGGAAGAAUCCCUAGAGAAAUUCCUGGAAGAAUCCCUAGAGAAAUUCCUGGAAGAAUCCCUUGAGGAAUUCCUGGAGGAAUCCCAAGAAGAACUCCUGGUUGAAUCCCUAGAAAAAUUAGUGUAAGAUUUCCUAGAGAAAUUUCUAAAGAAUCCCUAGAAGAAUCCCUGGAAGAAUCUCUAGAUGAAUUCCUGGAGGUAUCCCUUGAGGAAUUCCUGGAGGAAUCCCAAGAAGAACUCCUGGAUGGAUCCCUAGAAAAAUUAAUGGAAGAAUCCCUAGAGAAAUUUCUGGAUGAAUCCCUAGAGGAAUCCCUGGAAGAAUCUUUAUAGGAAUUCCUGGAGGAAUCCCAAGAGAAAUUCCUGGAGGAAUUCCUAGAGGAAUUCUUAGAGGAAUUCCUGGAAGAAUCCAUAGAGGAAUUCCUGGAGAAAUAUCAAGAGAAAUUCCUAGAGAACUUUCUGGAGAAAUCCUUGAAGAAAUUACUGGAGGAAUUCCUGGAAGAAUCCCUUGGGGAAUGCCUAGAGGAACUCCUGGAAGAAUCUCUAGAUGAAUUCCUGGAGGAAUCACCAGAGGAAUUCCUAGAGGAAUCCCUAGAGGAAUUCCUAGAGAAUUUUCCAGAGAAAUUUCUGAAGGAAUCUCUAGAGGAACUCCUGGAGGAAUCCCUGGAGGAAUUCCUGGAAGAAUCCCUGGAGGAAUCUCUUAAGAAAUUCCUGAAAGAAUUCCUAGAGGAAUUUUUGGAGGAAACCCUAGAGGAAUUGCUGCAGGAAUGCCAAGAGGAAUUCCUGGAGGAAUCCCCGAAGGAAUUCCAGGAGGAAUAUCUGGAGGAAUCUUUACAUGAAUUCCUGGGGAAAUCCCUUGAGGAAUUCCUGGGGAAUCCCUAGAGGAAUUCCUGGUGAAAUCCCUGCAGAAAAACCUUGAGGAGUUCCUUGGGGAAUUCCUGGAGGAAUCCCUAAAAUAAUUCAAUGAGGAAUCCCUAGAGGAUUUCCUGGAAGAAUCUCUAGAGGAAUUCCCGGAGAAAUCCCUUGAGAAAUUGCUGGAGGAAUCCCUGGAGAAAUUACUGGAGGAAUCCAUUAAGGAUUUUUGGAGGAAACCCUAGAGGAAAUUUUGGAGGAAUCCUUGGAGGAAUUCCUAGAGGAAUUCCUGAAGGAAUCACUAGAGGAAUUCCUGGAGAAAUCGCUGGAGAAAUUCCUGGAGGAAUCCCUAGAGAAAUUCCUGGAGGAAUUUCUGGGGGAAUCACUAGCGGAAUUCCUGGAAGAAUCCCUAGAGGAAUUUCAGGAAGAAUCCCAUGAGGAAUUCCUGGAGGAAUCUCUAGAUGAAUUCCUGGAGGAGUCCCUAGAAGAACUAAUGGAGGAAUCCCUAGAGAAAUUCCUGGAUGAAUCCCUAGAGGAACCCCUGGAAGAAUCUCUAGAGGCAUUCCUGGAGGAAUCCCUUGAGGGAUUCCUGGAAAAAUCCCUAGAAGAAUUCUGGAGCAAUACCAGGAAGAACUCAUGGAGGAAUUCCUAGAGAAAUUCCUGAAUGAAUCCCUAGAGGAAUCCCUGGAAGAAUCUCUUGAGAAAUUCCUGGAGGAAUCCGUAGAAGAAUUCCUGGAGAAAUCCCUAGAGAAAUCUCUGGAGGAAUUCCUAGAGAAAUUCCUGGAGGAGUCCCUAGAGGAAUUUAUGGAGGAAUCCUUGGUGGAAUUCCUACAGGAAUUCUUGAGCAAUUCCUGGAGGAAUCACUAGAGUAAUUCCUGGAGGAAUCCUUACAGGAAUUCCUGGAGGAAUCCCUAGAGAAAUUUCUGGAAGAAUCCCAAGAAGAAUCCCUGGAAGAAUCCCUAGAGGAAUUCCUGGAGGAAUCCCCGAAGGAAUUCCUGGAAGAAUCCCCGAAGGAAUUCCUGGAGGAAUCCCCGAAGGAAUUCCUGGAGGAAUCCCCGAAGGAAUUCCUGGAGGAAUCCCCGAAGGAAUUCCUGGAGGAAUCCCCGAAGGAAUUCCUGGAGGAAUCCCCGAAGGAAUUCCUGGAGGAAUCCCCGAAGGAAUUCCUGGAGGAAUCCCCGAUAGAAUUCCUAGAGAAAACUCUUGAGAAAUUCUUGGAGGAAUCCAUAGAGGAAUUCCUGGAGAAAUCACUAGAGGAAUUUCUGGAGGAAAUUCUAGAGGAAUUCCUGGAGGAAUCCUUGGAGGAAUUCUUAGAGGAAUUCCUGGUGGAAUCCCUAGAGGAAAUCCUGGAGGAAUCCCUAGAGAAAUUUCUGGAAGAAUCCCUAGAGGAAUCCUUGGAAGAAUCUUCAGAAGAAUUCCUGGAGGAAUCUUCGAUGGAAUUCCUAGAGGAAUCUCCGAUGGAAUUCCUAGAGGGAUCACCGAAGGAAUUUCUGGAUGAAUAUCUAGAGGAAUUUCUGGAAGAAUCCCCAGAUGAAUUCCUUGGGGAAUCCCUAGAGGAAUUCCUGGAUGAAUCACUAGAGUAAUUCCUGUUGAAAUCCCUGCAGAAACAACUGGAGGAAUUCCUUGGGGAAUUGUUGGAGGAAUCCCUAGAUGAAUUCCUGGAGGAAUCCCUAGAAAAUUUCAAUGAGGAAUCCCUAGAGGAAUUCCUAGGUGAAUCUCUAGAGGCAUUCCCGAAGGAGAUCCCUAGAGAAAUUGCAGGAGGAAUCCCUGGAGAACUUACUGGAGAAAUCCCUUGAAGAAUUUUUGAAGGAAACACUAUAGAAAUUCGUAGAGGAAUCCCCGAUGGAAUUUCUAGAGGAAUCCCCGAAGGAAUGCCUGGAUGAAUAUCUAGAGGAAUUCCUGGAGGAAUCCCUGGAGAAAUUUCUGGAGAAAUCCCAUGAGGAAUUCCUGGAAGAAUACCUUUGGUACUCCCUACAGGAAUCCCUUGGGGAACUCCUGGAGGAAUCCCUUGAGAAAUUUGUGGGGGAAUCCUUUGGGGAACUCCUGGAGGAAUUUCUUGGGGAAUUCCUGGAGGAAUUCCUUGGAAAAUACUUUGAGGAAUCUUUUGGGGAAUUCCUUGAGGAAAACCUUAGGGAAUUUCUGAGGGAGUCCCUCACGAAUUCCUAGAGGUGUUCCUGGGUGAAUCCUCGCAGAAGUUCCUGACGUAUCUUUUAGGAGUCUCUGGAGAAAAUUCUUGAGAAAUCCUUGCAAGAAUUCCCGGGUGAACCCUUGGAGAAAUUCCUUGAGAAAUACUUAAAAGACUUCCUUGAGGAAUUUUUAGAGGAAUUUCUGGAGGAAUCCCUUGGGGAAUUCCUGGAGGAAUCCCUGCAAGAACUCUUGGGUGAAUCCCUGCAGGAAUCUCUGGAGGCAUUCCUGAAACAGUCCCUGGAGGAGUUCUUAGGGCAAUUCCUGGUGGAAUUCCUGGAAAUUCAUGGAGAAAUCCCAGGUAAAAUUUAGUGUGGAACUUUUGAAAAACUACUUUAAAAAAGGAAUUCCUUGAAUAAUUCAUGAACUUAUUUCUAGUGGAAUUCCUGGACAAUUCUUUGGAGCCGUCAUUGCAAAAUACAAAAAAAAAUCUUGCAGAAUAAUUAAAAAAAAAACUAUACAGCUUUACAGAUUUUCAAGAAGUUAUUAAGGUAAAGAAACUGUGGGUAAAAGUUCCAAAUAAGUCUUUGGCGGAAUUCUUCUGUUCAAAUAUACAAUUUAAUCGUUUGAGAAAUCUUUGGAGUUAUUUCUUAAAGAAUGACUAACAAAGUCUUCGUUGAAAUUCAAGAAAAAUCUUCGCUGGCUUCUAGAAAAGAAAAGCAUUCUACAUACGAAUCCUAGUUGAAUCUCAUAAAUCUUCUCCAUCCCAUUACCAAAAUGUGGUUUAUGAUCAAUUAAAACCCAACACAGUACACAUAAAGAAAUCUUUGGAAGUCUACCGGAUUAGCAUCAUACUACUUCCACUACUUCUUGUCUGAUUCCACACCGCAGCUCCUUAAUUUGCAUCGGAUAUCUUCAAAAUUUUGUAACGUCAUUUAGAACCCUAUUCGUGUUUUUCGUUCCAUUGAUACGUUUCAUGUAUAUGUUAUACUAGUGUUCGUUAUGAAUUUAACUAAACUGACAGCAUUAUUAAGCUUAGCAAGGACGCAAACCCGGCGAUACGCCAUCUAUAACUUAAGUAAAGAAUCACGUUAAUUGCCACAUUUCAAAUCUAUUGCGUCGUAGAGAAUUAACCAGAACUGCUCUCGAUACUCCAACUAAAUGCGCCGUAGUUGCAUAAGAAAACUCCUAAAUCAGCCAACUAAAACAAAAGGAACAAUAGGUGGGAAUUGUAAUCAUUUAAACUAGCCCAACCAAGUUUAAAUCUAGCUCGCGAUUGUUCGUUCAGAAUAGUGGAGUGCUUCGAACAGUUAACAUCGCAAGUUGUCGGAGUGAUUAAAAAGAUCAGUUUGAGAUUUUGAAACAAAUUUUUGGUUUUGCUGAGCUAAUUUGAACUAAACUCGAAGUAAGUUUCGGGAGUUUUUAGUCUUUUUAAGGAAAUUUAAUGUGAAAUUUGUGUCUUUGUGCAGAUUAUUUGAAUUUGUCGAGUGAGACAAAGUCUUGUUGAGACUGUGCCUGAUUUGUAGAGUGUUUCGGCUAAUUCUAAAUUCAGGCCCUCCUUGCCCAACGUGGGCGGCUAGUCUGGGGUGAAAAUCAUCCCACAGACGCAGCGAAGACUACCACCAACCAUCAUCAGUAGGCUGUGAGUUGACGCGUAACCAACCUGACUAUCCACCGACGUGCAACAUUAGCUACCAUUCCGGUGACGUUUGAGUGACGACUCGUCCGCCAAUAAGUCGUACGGCGUGAGCUCAAGUCCAAUAGGAAGCUCAUCACUCCACUGCGAGGGGACGCAUCUACCCCGUAACCGACGCUGACGCACGAGUCAACGGGUGGUUUACCGGUCGCUGACGUAAGUUUGGCCUGUUUCUGGUGAGUAAGUCGAACCAACUGCUGGGAGUAUUUUUCUGCGGGGGAAAACCGACGAGGGAUCGACAGUCAAGGUCAGAUCUGCCUGAAGAGAUAGUUUUUUUCUUGCGCAAAUUGGAUAUCCGAACGAUACAAUCAGAUUACGUGACGUCACAGUUAGGAUUAGGUUUUCUUGAAUUUGGAUUUGAAUAAAUUUAAAUAAGGCAAUUGUUGGAACUCGAUAAAUUUAAAUUUCAGUUGUUUUGUAGAAUUAACGUCGUUUGAAUUGCAUUUUUUUAAUAAACUUACUUCUAGAUUAGUUAGGGUACUCCAUUUGUUUUAAAUACGUCACAAGUUGUUAUUAUUCUAGGUUUAAGAUUGGUUUUGGGUUCUUUUAUUGAUAAGCAUUUCCCCCAUUGGCUAAUUUAUGAGUGUUUUUUUCGGUUUCGGUAAGUUUUUGACAGAAUUUGAAUUAGGUUCUGGUUAGUUGGUCGGAGACGUUUGGGUUGAAAGGUGAAACUUGCGUUCUUAUGAACUUUACGACCUGCCCUGAGAGGGAGGUUUCAUGCCGGGUAAUUUAGAAGAGUAAACGGUCCUUCUGUUCGGAAGGUGGCGCUUAAGCCGUUUGCUAAGCGUAACGGGACGGAACGUUACAAUUUCAAACAACAUAAUCACUAGAGUAUCUAAAUGUUAUCCAAAUUGCCUCCAAUACGGAUCCCAUAUCCGAUCCACCAACAUUUCACACAAAACUCAUACAAAAUCUGGUGCAUAGUUUUACAAAAACUUCCGCAUACCACGAAUAUCCCACCAACAACCUACCGGAAUCACUAUUUGCUCCGAAAUGUCCACCAGAAUGGCCAUAGGAAUCAAUACAUGGUUCACAAACAGUGCUUUGCCGCUCAAACUUUGCCGCGCUUUUUCAACAUUCUGAAUAUUUGCGGCAUUUUAGUACAAUGCCGCGUCUGCCGCAGCUGCUCAUUGUGGCCGUUCAAAUGGAGCGCCAUUUGUUGAAUAUUUUCCGAUGCCGCGCUGCCGCGCGCCGCUCCGCAUAGUAGCUGGCCCUUAACUUCGUUAAGCGCUGUUUCGAAGCUUUUUGAGCUGGUGGUUGUGGACUCCUUAAAUUCGCACUGCAAACAGUACUUGAGUGCUGAUCAACACGGAUUCACUUCUGGACGCUCUACAACUACGAACCGGCUGUGCCUUACAUCAUACAUCACGAAUGGCAUGAAUGCUCAGGCUCAAACGGACGUAAUUUACACUGAUUUAACUGCCGCUGGCGCUUUCAUUCCAAGCGCGAUGCUCCCCGCGAGGUGAAAUGAAAGCCACAUUUUCCUGAUCGGCACCAAGCGUAGUUUCGUCGGAGGAUUAUGCUCGUCCACCAUUCGGCGUCGGUCACGGGCCUGCGGCCUAGCUUUUCGUGUGUAUGCGUGUGGUAGUAGUGGAUUACCACAGCGCCAAGCACAACUGUCGACCAUCCAGCGUCGGUAGUUCUCAGCUUCGGCAGUGUGCCAUCGCGUCGUCGUCGUCGUCGUCGGCAGUGAGCGGACUACAGUGAAGUGUGUGUGAGGGGCUAGCAGAGGUCGGCACGAGACAGUCAAGCGUUUUUGGGAGAUCGAGGAGGUUGAAGUUUGCUCUGCUCCCACAGGAGAAGAAGAAGAGUGUGAGGAAUUGUUUCGUGACUCGUAUCGACGUGAUGUCAACGGUAGAUAUAUAGUGAAGCUACCGAUCCGUGAAAAUGUCCACGAACUUUCUGAUAAUCGUACAUUGGCUCUUCGUCGUUUUUUCUUUCUCGAAAGACGGUUGCUGAAGGAUCCCGAGCUCAGUCUGCAGUACUCUAACUUCAUUGAAGAGUACAAAUCUCUGGGUCACUGCAAAGAAGUUGUUGAGGCGCACGAUGUCCCAGGACAAUUGAAGUAUUACAUGCCGCAUCACGCCGUUUACAGGCCGUCGAGCACAAGCACAAAGUUAAGGGUUGUGUUUGAUGCGUCGGUGAAGCCCGUGUCAGGAGUGUCUCUCAACGAUGUGUUGAAGAUAGGUCUCGUCGUUCAGAAUGACUUGAUGUCAAUUCUGUUGAGAUUUCGUAAACAUCCUUUCGUCUUUACCGCUGAUAUUCAAAAAAUGUAUCGGCAGAUUUUGAUUGAUCCUGAACAAACCUCGUUGCAGAAAGUUUUCUGGCGGUCCAACCCAACCGACCCCAUCAAGGUUCUCGAAUUAGUGACUAUUACGUACGGCACUUCUGCUGCUCUUUUCUUAGCUACCAGGUCCCUAGUUCAACUGAGUGUCGAUGAAGGAGCCGAUUUCCCUCUUGCAGCUCGCGUGAUACAAGAGGACUGCUAUGUUGAUAAUGUGAUGUCGGGAGCGAAAACCGUUCAAGAAGCCAUUGAAUGUCGUCAACAGCUCCAAACGUUAAAAGCCAGGGGUGGUUUUCCGGUGCAUAAGUGGUGCGCCAACGAUGAAGCGAUUCUUCAGGAUGUCCCUGAGGCUGAGCGUGAAAAACUAGUUCUUCUUGAUGAUCUGUCGGCAAAUGAAGUGAUGAAGACUCUCGGAUUAACGUGGAAUCCGAGGAGCGAUAAGUUUCUAUUUUGUCAAUCCCCUUCGUCCGAAGAGUCAACUGUGACAAAGCGUCAGCUGUUCUCCGAAAUUGCGAAAAUGUUUGACCCGUUGGGCUUACUUGCUCCAAUUACCGUUCUGGCUAAGCGUUUGAUGCAGCAAACCUGGGCUGCAAAAAUAGGUUGGGAUGAGUCUCUCUCUGAUGACAUCCUAAAAGACUGGUUACAGCUUCGCAAUUCUCUCGCAUCCGUUCGUGACAUCGAAAUUCCCAGACCAGUAACCGGUCCCGCGUAUGAGUCUCUUGAGUUACACGGGUUCGCAGACGCUUCAGGAAUAGCGUACGGUGCCUGCCUGUAUGUUCGCAGUAUUCUCUCAAAUGAUUGUUGUGUCGUCAGGUUGUUGUGUAGCAAGUCUAAGAUUGCCCCUCUGCAAGAGUUGACAAUCCCUCGAAAGGAACUGUGCGCAGCCGUGCUGCUGUCCAGGUUGGUGAAAAAGGUUCAAUCGACGUUGCAUGUUCAGUUCUCUUCCGUUUGCCUUUGGUCGGACAUUUACUAUAUUGACGACGACUGUUUUGAAGACUUUCGAAUAGUUUUGGCGUUUCAGUCUUUUCGGGGUCAAAAACAACUAAAUGUUUUCUUCUUCCAACGUUUCGAUCCUUAUUGGAUCUUCCUCAGGGAAUCGAAUGAAAUUGUUGGAAGAAGAAAACAUUUAGUUUUUUUUUGACCCCGAAAAGACUGAAACGCCAAAACUAUUCUUUGGUCGGACAGUCAGAUUGUCCUCUCGUGGCUGCAGAAGGCGCCAGCGAAACUGCAGCCAUUCGUUCAGAAUCGUGUGGUGGAGAUAUCAAGGGAAUGUGGUCUCUACAAAUGGUGUUACGUCCGGUCCAAAGACAACCCGGCUGAUGUGAUCUCUCGCGGCCAGCUCCCACGUAGUUUGAAGGAAAACUCGCUAUGGUGGGAAGGGCCUCCUUUUCUCCAAUCGAAGAUACACGAAUCACCAGUUCUUGAUCAACUGCUUGAUGGCUUGAUGCCUGAAAUGAAACCAGUUUCGGUCGUGGCAAUGCCCGUAGUGAAUUGUGACUAUCUGCCACUCUUUAAGAAAUUCGGAUCUCUACGUAAACUGCAGCGUGUUCUAUUAGAAUCAGGUUUUGCCAGGGCUUAAGAAAACAUGCACUCUUACCUGCAUCUCAUCCCAGGGGUUGCCUAGCCUACAGAGACUAAGGGUACGACGGCCCAGGCCGCCGGAUUCAGGACGCCAGACUCACACCACUUUCCCGCCGAUUGCACAAUCUCGGCUACGGGAUUCACAAUGCCCUAUCCGCGUACACUUUUGGGAUCGGGUUUUAGACACUCCUCGUUUUGGACCCCCAAAUCACUCGCGGAUUCACAACGGGCCAGGACCAUGUGCUGCCCACGCGGUCGAACCGAAAUCACUCCCUCACAGCUAGUUUCUCGAUAGUUACGCCACUGGAUCCACACCAGGCCCACGGAAACACUUUCUUGGGUGGGAAUUCGCGGGACUCUGUCCUUCCACGGCUAGUCGGACUCGGGGUAUCUGCCUUUCGCGCACACGCGGCCAACUUCGUUCAAAGCUCUUCUCGGGUUAGAAAUUUAUCACCGGCACGUCUAUCUUCGCCAAGCAUCAAUCACCAAGAGACCUAUCUCCCACUAUCCCGGUCGAGUCGGCAGCCCCGAUCACCCGUCUCCUCUUUUUUGCUCCCCUUUUUCGAGCAUCAUUCGUGUCGCGAGUAGACCUGUGCGCCGCCGCGCCACGCCGCCGCCGCCGACACUUUUUGUCCCACGCCGACGCCGACCGAGGUAUCGGCGGCGCGCCAUACGCCGCUGUUUGUCACGCCGCCGAUUUUCAUUUUUCACGCCGGUGAUCAGUGCACGAACAAAUUUAAGUUUACAUUAAGUUAAGAUAAUAAAAAUCUCACGAUCACUAUCAUAAA